ACAGUUUAUGUUAUCAGUUCUCAGUGAAUAACACGUGUAAAUAUAUCUGCAAUUUUUGUUUUUAAUUUUUUUGCACUUUGCUUAAUUUUUCAAUUCAAUUUUCAUAAUAAAUUUUAUUGACAAGAAUGUUUUCUCUACUACACAAAGAAGAAGGCGCCCAUGAAGAUGGCAUUUGGUCUUGUGCUUGGGGUCGUACUCAACCAGAAAAGCCGGCUGAAGAAGAAACAGAGAAGGAUCCCGAGGCAAGUAGAGAAUUUGUUAUAAAGGAUGAUAAGCCGGAACAGUCGCCAGUGGAUUUUAUAGUAACAGGUGGUUUAGAUGAUUUAGUAAAGGUGUGGGAUAUACGAGAAGAUAAUACUUUAAAACUGAGACAUCAACUUAAGGGUCAUUCUUUGGGUGUGGUGUCGGUGGCAGUAAGUUCGGAUGGCAAAACCAUUGCUAGCAGUUCUCUGGAUUCCAGCUUAUGUUUCUGGGAUUCACAAAGUGGCCAACAACAGCAUUUAUUAUCUUUUGGUCCCGUAGAUUUGUGGACUGUAGCAUUUUCACCAUGCGACAAAUAUGUGAUAUCUGGCUCCAAUGAAGGCAAGAUUUCCAUGUACAGUGUGGAGACAGGCAAAGUGGAGCAAGUACUAGAUGCACAAAAUGGCAAAUUCACUUUAAGUAUAGCAUAUAGUCCUGAUGGCAAGUAUAUAGCCAGUGGAGCUAUAGAUGGUAUCAUUACCAUAUUUGAUGUGGCUGCCGGAAAAGUAGCUCAAACUCUCGAAGGUCAUGCUAUGCCGGUGCGCAGUUUAUGUUUCUCGCCCAACUCACAAAUGUUGUUGACGGCAUCCGAUGAUGGUCAUAUGAAACUAUACGAUGUGGCACACUCUGAUGUUGCCGGCACAUUAUCGGGUCAUGCUUCCUGGGUAUUGUGUGUUUCCUUUUCGGAAGAUGGCAAACACUUUGCCUCCUCUUCAAGUGACUGUUCGGUGAAAAUAUGGGAUUUUGCUGAACGUAAAUGUAUGCAUACCUUCAACGAUCAUAGUGAUCAGGCUUGGGGUGUUAAAUAUAGUCCUGGAAAUGAUAAAGUUAUUUCCGUUUCUGAGGACAAAUCACUAAAUUUGUAUAAUUGUCCACCAAAUAUUGUCGUAUGAAAAAGUAAAUACAAUUUUUUUAAUUUGACAAAAGAAA